UCCUUUCUCUCUCGCUAGUCGGAGUAGUCGCUACUUCCCCUCUGCCCCUUUCUCUCUCGCGAUUCCCUUCUCUUCUCCAUUCUUUGUCUCUCAGAUCUCACUCAUCUCAGUAUAUCACCCAUCACUCUCUCGCCUUCUCCAAUCUCCGCCUCUCACCUCUCGCACUCUCUCCGCGGCUCCGCCUCUCCGCCGGAAUACGACUCUGACUCCGGUCCUCUUGAGUCUCGCCUUCGCUCAGGGCUCUCGGCCACUCGGUGAGUCCUCUCGAAAUGGUUAUUCCUCCACCAGUUAGACCAGAAAGAGUCACAAAGUUCCUCAAACCUUAUGUCUUGAGGAUGCACUUCACGAACAAGUAUGUGAAUGCUCAAGUAGUCCACACACCAAGUGCAACAGUUGCCACAGCUGCCAGCACACAAGAGAAGAGCUUGAGGUUGGGGAUGAUAGAAGCGAAAGAAAACACCCGGGAUGUUGCUGCUGCUGCAAAAAUAGGCAAGCUGCUGGGGGAGCGACUGCGGGUCAAAGGCAUUCCUGCUGUUUCUGUUUUCUUCAAAAAGGAUCAGAGAUAUCAUGGAAAGGUCAAAGCUGUGAUUGAUUCCAUCAGGGGAGAAGGAAUUGAAUUGGUUUGAAUUUGGAUUCUGAUGAAUAAUUCCCAGUUUAUUUCUUGAACAAUUUAUGCUAAAAAACUUGGGUUAUUUGAUUCAAAUGCAUCGGGGGGAAGGGAAACUGGAAAUGUAAUAUUUUUUAGGGUGCUAUGCACCAAAGGAUUUAUGCAAGUUUAUUGGUACAACAAACAUUGAAAAGUUAGCGUAGAUUCUUCAUGUUUUCCUGCCAUUUUACUCAAAUUACUCA